UCCCCUCUUUCCUUACCUCAGAUCUCGAUACCGCCUCCACGAAUUUGGCCCUCGGUCGCCCUCCGUGGCCGAGCGAUCAGUCGAAAGGCCGAGGGGGUGGGCCAGAAUGACCGAGUGCUCGAAGUCGUCGGGCAGGCCGAAGGUCGCGCCGAGCGACCGAAUGUGCUCGAGCCGCAACCGGCGCCGCGGGUGGCGAGGAGGAGAGCAGCUUCUUGAGUCUAAGGGCUGAGUCCGCGAUAUUGGACUUGACGGCGCCGGACUCAAGUUGGAAUUUGGGAGAGGGCGGCGGGGUGAGGCGGGCCCAGAGCUAGCGGAGGACGGGGGUGGUCCGAAGACGUGGAAGGCGUGGGGGUGGUGAGGAGGAGGAGCCGGCGCGAGGGGGCGGAGGCGGCGGCAACGGCGGUAGAGUCAAGGGUGGUUGGCUCGAUUUUGCUGUUUUUUUUGGAGAAGUUACAGGAGAUGUGGACGAAGGAUGGGUCCGUUGAUCGUUUCGGCAAACCAGCACGAAGAGACAUUUCAGGUGGCUGGAGAUCAGGCCUAUUAUUAUUGGCAAAUCAAGGACUGUCAGCACUUGCCUUUGUCGGAGUGAAGCAAAAUUUGGUGCUUUUCUCAACAAGAGUAUUGAAGCAGGCCAAUGCAUAGGCUUCGAACACCUUCAGCAGAAGGAUGAGAACUGUUAACCUCUUCUCUUUAGUGAGCCUUUCUUAGUGAUGCUUAUUUAGGGAGAUACAGAAGUUGCGCCAUUUUCCAAUCCAUUCUAACACUUUUACAAAUGGACAUGGAGAUGUGGACGAAGGAUGGGUCAGUUGAUCGUUUCGGCAAACCAGCACGAAGAGAUAUUUCUGGUGGCUGGAGAUCAGGCCUAUUAUUAUUGGCAAAUCAAGGACUGUCAACACUGGCCUUUGUCGGGGUGGAGGUAAAUUUGGUGCUUUUCUCCACAAGAGUAUUGAAGCAGGCCAAUGCAGAGGCUUCGAACACCUUCAGCAGAUGGAUGGGAACUGUUAACCUCUUCUCUUUAGUGGGUGCCUUUCUUAGUGAUGCUUAUUUAGGGAGAUACAGAAGUUGCGCCAUUUUCCAAUCCAUUCUCACACUUGGAUUAGUAAUGCUAUCAUUGACAACUUCCUACUUGUUGUUAAAACCCUCUGGCUGUGGCAAAGAAGAACUACAAUGUGAUCCUCACUCUGAGUUUGAACUUGCCAUGUUUUACCUUUCUAUCUAUCUCGUAGCAUUUGGUAAUGGCGCAGGCGAACCAUCCAUUGCUACAUUUGGAACAGACCAAUUCGAUGAAGAGCAUGAACACGAAAAAGCUUCCAAAAACUUCUUCUAUAGUUACUUCUACGUAGCCACUAACAUUGGUUCUCUCUUCUCCGAGACUAUACUGGCUUAUCUUCAGAAUUUAGGACACUGGGCUUUAGGAUUUUGGGUUUCUGCAGGAAGUGCUUUAUUUGCUCUUGUUGUGUUUCUUGGUGGUAGUUUUAGGUACAGGCAUUUUCGUCGUUGUGGAAAUCCGGUAGCCAGGUUUUUUCAGGUGAUUUUCGCAGCGUGGAAAAAGUUAUCGGUAGAAAUCCCUGCAGAAGAUGGUCUUUAUGAAAUUCAAGGAGCAGAUGGUGCAAAUAAUGGUGGGAGGAGAAUACACCACACCAGUGAUUUCAAGUUCCUGGACCAUGCAGCCAUAAUCACCUCAAAAGACAAAAUCAACCCCACAAACCAGAACAACCAGCACCCCCGACAACACAACCCAUGGCAACUCUGCACAGUGACUCAAGUUGAGGAGGUCAAGUGCGUGUUCCGCCUCCUCCCCAUCUGGAUCUGCACCAUCACAUUCUCUGGAACAUUUGUCCAAAUGGUCUCUCUCUUCAUUGAACAAGGCGCCUCAAUGAAAACAACCAUAUACAAAUUCCACAUACCCCCAGCAAGCAUGACAGUAUUUGAUAUCCUUAUCAGCUCAACCUUCAUAAUUUUCUACAAAAAGCUCAUUGCUCCUUUUUAUACCAAACUAACCAAGACUAUCCCUAAAGGCCCAUCUGACCUUAGAAAAAUGGGGUAUGGCCUAAUUUUCGCUAUGGCAGGGAUGCUAACCGCAGGGUUUGUGGAAAUACAUAGAAAGAAGUAUGCACUUGAGGAAAGUGAAGAGCUUAGCUCAUUGUUUAUACUCUGGCAAAUACCACAAUAUGUGCUUUUAGGAAUAGGGGAGGCGUUUGUUUAUGUGUCACAACUGGAUUUCUUCGGUUCACAGGUGCCUGAUGUUAUGAGGAGUUUAGGAAUCGGGCUCUCUUUGUCUUCUAUAUCUUUAGGGAGUUAUUUUUGUAGUUUGGUGCUAACUGUGGCGAUGAAAAUUACUACUAAGGAAGGGGAUCUUGGUUGGAUUCCAGCGAAUCUCAAUGACGGAUUCAUGGAGAGGUAUUUCUUUCUCAUGACAGUGCUAACCGGUAUGGAGUUGGUAUUGUAUAUUUGGUUUGCUAGAAGAUACAAGUCUAUAUCGUUGGAGAGGAGAGAAGAUGUAGGAAUGGAGAAUGAGAUGUCAUAGAAUUAGAUGGUGGAAAUUUUUUGGGGUAUUGUGAUGAUUUUUGGAGAGCAAUUAACAUAAUGUUAUUAUCUAACUCUUGUCUCUGGAAAACAUGCUAUUAUCUGGUAACGCAUGCAAGUUUUAUGAUAGUAUUUGGAGUUUUGACAGUUUUUAUGGUUUAUAUUUUCUGAAGUAGUUUUGUUUUUGAACUUAAAUCUUGGGAGGUGUUCGCGUAGGAUGAAUUGUAGUGUUUGUAGUUCUAUUAGUUCCCAUCCUCCAUGUUUUUUAUUUUACUUUAUUUAUUUUUAGUUUUAUUUUUGA